AUGGACGAACCACCGACGCCGACUCGCGGACCGCCCGGUUAUGUCGAUGGCCCUCCCUCAUAUGUGAAUACUCCUAUGGAAGAAGAGAACAUGAGUCUGGCGGGGAACAACUCGUCGCUAAGGCUGCUCCCGCAGGGUCAGGAAGAGUACAGACCGUAUGUCGCAUCCUCUGCAUCUUCUGCACCGCCCGAUUAUGAUGUGCCGCGUUCACCCAGGCGCAAGCCUGUCGCAUCUUCCAAGCUGUCGCGCGUCAAAUGGGAAGACGAGUCCGCGCCAUCUGCCGUGCGAGGCCCUGAACUGCAAUCGUCGUGGUCUUCCCUCGUCGCUGAGGCCGAAGACACCCUACAGCGCAAUCGUGAAACGACCAGUUUCAUCGGCCGUGCACCCAGUCUCAAGGCUACAGUGACACUGAAGAAAAUGCCCCAGGCUAACCGAAUUCCUUCAUAUAGAGCCCCUGCAGCAAUUCGAACUUCCCCGGACAGGUACCGAGCUACAGCAUCGAGCACAUAUAGUUCAAGACCGGGUUCGAGCCUGGGAAGAGCACCUUCGAUCCCUUUACCUACCGCAAACCCUCGCGCCCCUGUCAGACCUUCGACGCCUUCGCGAGUGUCAACAGAUUGGCCCAGACCUCCGGCGUCAACCGUCUCGUACGAGCCGGCAGAUAUUAACGGUAGCCCGCGACCAGGUACGCCAUCGUCACAAUAUGGCGGAAGUCCGCGCAGACCCCUGCCUCCAGCACCAUUAUUCUCAGCAAAGAGUAUGGCCACAGAGACCACAAUACCAAUGCCUGAACCAGAGUCGGAAAACGAUGUCUUUGUCAAUGGGCGCCCAAUUGUGCCCGACAACGAUCCGCGAGCGAGUUUAAAAUCUGCACACUCGUACAUGACCGAUUCAACGUUCACCGAGGAUGAUGACGGAACAGACGACAAGUUUGACACUUAUGGGCCCGCACCGGAAGGCAGACAGGACCGUAGAGGUCUGAGAUCCGCCCAAAUGGCGAAGAAAGAGGUCAGACUGAUCAACGGCGAACUCAUUCUCGAAUGCAAGAUUCCCACCAUUCUCCACAGCUUUCUGCCCAGACGAGACGAAAGAGAGUUUACUCACAUGCGGUACACGGCGGUCACAUGUGAUCCUGACGACUUCGUUGUACAAGGCUACAAGUUGCGCCAGAACAUUGGACCGACUGUGAGGGAAACAGAGCUCUUCAUCUGUGUCACCAUGUACAACGAAGGCGAGAUUGAGUUCACCAGGACAAUGCACGGAAUCAUGCGCAACAUCUCUCACUUCUGCUCGAGGACGAAAUCCAGGACCUGGGGCAAAGACGGCUGGCAGAAAAUCGUCGUCUGCAUCAUUGCCGACGGAAGACAGAAAGUACACCCACGAACCCUGAAUGCUCUGGCAGCUCUGGGAGUUUACCAGGAUGGCAUCGCCAAAAAUGUUGUCAACCAGAAGGAAGUCACGGCACACGUGUACGAAUAUACGACCCAAGUCUCCCUGGACGAGAGCCUCAAAUUCAAGGGCGCUGAGAAGGGUAUAGUCCCGUGUCAAAUGAUUUUCUGCCUGAAGGAGAAGAACAAGAAGAAACUGAACUCACAUCGGUGGUUCUUCAACGCGUUUGGAAGAGCUCUGACCCCCAACGUUUGUAUCUUGCUGGAUGUGGGGACGAAGCCCGAUUCAAAAGCACUAUACCACUUGUGGAAGGCAUUUGAUCAAGACUCCAAUGUUGCGGGCGCUGCUGGUGAGAUCAAGGCAGACAAGGGCAAGGGCUGGGUGGGUCUGCUCAACCCGCUGGUGGCUUCACAGAACUUCGAGUACAAGAUGAGUAACAUUCUCGACAAGCCCCUUGAGUCGGUGUUUGGCUAUAUCACGGUCCUGCCUGGUGCGCUAUCGGCAUAUCGCUACUACGCACUCCAGAACGAUGCCACCGGUCACGGUCCGCUCAGUCAGUACUUCAAAGGAGAGACGCUGCAUGGCCGCGACGCAGAUGUCUUCACCGCCAACAUGUAUCUCGCCGAGGAUCGCAUUCUGUGCUGGGAGCUUGUCGCUAAGCGGGGCGAGCAAUGGGUAUUGAAGUUCGUCAAGAGCGCAUACGGCGAGACUGAUGUGCCAGGUGUAGACGCCGUCCCUGAGUUCAUCUCCCAACGGCGACGCUGGCUCAACGGGGCGUUCUUUGCAGCAGUCUAUUCUCUGGUGCACUUCAAGCAAAUCUGGCAUACCGACCACACGCUGACCCGGAAGAUCUUGCUGCAUGUCGAGUUCGUGUACCAGUUCAUUUCCCUCCUCUUCACCUUCUUCUCCCUCGCCAACUUCUACCUCACCUUCUACUUCAUCGCCGGCUCCCUUGCAGAUCCCAAGAUCGAUCCAUUCGGCCACCAUAUCGGGAAAUACAUCUUCGUGAUCUUGCGCUACGUCACCGUCCUCUUGAUCUGUCUGCAAUUCAUCCUCAGCUUGGGCAAUCGACCGCAGGGUGCGAAGAAGCUCUUCACAGGUACCAUGGUCACCUACUCCAUCAUCAUGGCCUACACGACCUUCGCAGCAUUGUACAUUGUCAUCAAACAGCUCACCACGCAUGCUCUGGAGGAGACAGAUCCCGAGGACCCAUACAAGCUCGGCAACAACAUUUUCACCAACCUCAUUGUCAGCACCAUAAGCACCGUCGGCCUGUACUUUCUGAUGUCAUUCUUGUACCUGGAUCCAUGGCACAUGUUCACCAGCGCAGGACAAUACUUUGCUCUCCUACCGUCAUACAUUUGUACCUUACAAGUGUACGCCUUCUGCAACACGCACGACGUGACAUGGGGAACGAAAGGCGACAACGUUCUGCACACCGACCUUGGUGCUGCAAAGGCCAUUGGGCCCGGCGGUAAUACUGUCGAAGUUGAAAUGCCCUCUGAACAGCUGGAUAUCGACUCAGGCUACGAUGUGGCACUCCGAAACCUGCGGGAUAGAAUCGAAGUACCGAAACCGGCUGUCAGCGAGAAUCAGCUGCAGGAGGACUACUACAAGUCUGUACGGACGUACAUGGUGUCCAUCUGGUUGACCUGCAAUGCUGUACUUGCCAUGGCCGUGUCAGAGGCGUACCCCGUGGGGAGCCACGUUGGAAGUAACUUCUACUUGACAUUCAUCUUGUGGGCUGUGGCUGCGCUGGCGAUAUUCCGAGCCAUUGGAUCAAGUGCCUUCGGCAUCAUCAACAUCAUCUCGGCGAUCGCAGAAGGGCGAUUACAAGCCAAGUUCGAACGUAUCUUUGGAGGAGGAGACGAGAACGGACGGCGUCGCCAGGGGCUGGGAAGUGGUCUCUCGGAGAGCGGGAAGACCGGCGUCAGUGGUGGAAGCAGCGGCAGCGCGGGCAUCAGCUUGAGUGAAGUCACGAGUAAGAUUUCGGAAAAGUUCAGCUGGAUGAGCAGGAAGUGA